CCAGUGGCGCAGGGCAGGGGCGAGCGCGGGUGGGCAGAGCCGAGCGCCGGAGAGGUGGAGACCGGAGCCGAGGCCGGAGCAGCAUCCCGCCGCCGCCGCCGCCGCCGCCCAUCUUCUGCAAGCCGGCCGGCCGAGCAGGUGCGGCGGCGGAGGGGAGCACAUCGGCGGCGCCAAGAUGUUGGAGAUCCAGCUGGACGAUGGCGGCGUCGGCGGCUACCCGGGGGACGACUACUGCUCGGGCUCGGUGAUGUCGGAGCGCGUCUCGGGCCUGGCCAACAGCAUCUACCGCGAGUUCGAGCGCCUGAUCCGCUGCUACGACGAGGAGGUAGUCAAGGAGCUGAUGCCGCUGGUGGUGACGGUGCUGGAGAACCUCGACUCGGUGCUGACCGACAACCAGGAGCACGAGGUGGAGCUGGAGCUGCUGCGGGAGGAUAACGAGCAGCUGCUCACCCAGUACGAGCGGGAGAAGGCGCUGCGCAAGCAGGCCGAGGAGAAAUUUAUUGAAUUUGAAGAUGCACUGGAACAGGAAAAGAAAGAGCUGCAGGUUCAAGUUGAGCACCUUGAAUUUCAAACACGGCAGCUGGAGCUGAAGGCCAAGAACUAUGCAGACCAGAUUUCCCGGUUGGAGGAGCGCGAAUCUGAAAUGAAGAAAGAAUACAAUGCUCUUCACCAGCGCCACACAGAGAUGAUCCAAACCUAUGUGGAACACAUUGAGAGGUCCAAGAUGCAGCAGGUUGCCGGAAAUAGCCAAAAUGAGAGUGGUCUGCCUGGGAGAAGUCACCACCCAUCAUGGAGAAAAAGCAUGAAGAGGCGUCCUAAUUCUCUGAACAUCCCCCUCACAGAUGAUAUGGUACGUGGGCAGGUGGGGGCCAAGAUUGCCCCCGCAGUGGACCACUGGCACCUGAGUGACCUCAGUCAGCUGCAGUCCAACUCCAUCUACAAGUGUCCUCCUGAUGAAAUGUCUGAAUCUGGACAGUCCUCUGCAGCUGCUACGCCGAGUACCACAGGAACGAAAUCCAACACCCCCACCUCAUCGGUGCCCUCUGCUGCGGUGACCCCCCUGAACGAGAGCCUUCAGACGAUGAAUGACUAUGUCACUUCAAAAAACAACAAGCGGGCCCGGGAGAAACGGAAUAGCCGAAAUAUGGAAGUGCAGGUGGUCCAGGAGACAAGGAACGUGAGCAUAGGAAUGGGAAGCAGUGAUGAGGGGUCGGAUUUUCAAGAUAUUGACUCUACUCCAGAGCUGGACAUGUGCCAGGAUCCUAGACUGGAGCGCACAGGGAACAGCCCAACGCAAGGGAUAGUGAAUAAAGCCUUUGGCAUCAAUACUGAUUCACUGUACACUGAGCUUACGGAAGUGGGCUCAGAGGCCAUCGGAGAUGUGGACGAAGGAGCAGAUCUGUUAGGGGAAUUUUCAGGAAUGGGCAAAGAAGUGGGGAAUCUCUUGAUGGAGAACACACAGCUGCUAGAGACCAAAAAUGCUUUGAAUAUUGUGAAGAAUGAUUUAAUUGCAAAAGUGGACCAGCUCACCGGAGAACAGGAGGUGUUGAAAGGUGAGCUGGAAGCCGCAAAGCAGGCCAAAACCAAGAUGGAAGCCCGUAUCAAGGAACUUGAGGAGGAACUUAAAAGAGUGAAAUCGGAGGUGAUAGUUGCCCGACGAGAGCCUAAAGAAGAGGUCGAGGAUGUAAGCAGCUAUCUCUGUACAGAAUUGCCAUCCUCCUCCCCCCUGCAGGACAACAUCCCUAUAGCUCAGCGGCGGCGCUUCACCCGUGUGGAAAUGGCGCGAGUCCUGAUGGAGCGCAACCAGUACAAAGAAAGAUUGAUGGAACUGCAGGAGGCGGUCAGGUGGACAGAGAUGAUCAGGGCCUCCCGGGAGCAUCCUUCUGUUCAGGAGAAGAAAAAAUCCACCAUCUGGCAAUUCUUCAGCCGAUUGUUCAGUUCCUCCUCCAGCCCUCCACCUGCAAAAAGGAGCUACCCAUCAGUAAAUAUUCACUACAAGUCUCCUACAGCAGCCGGGUUAAGCCAGCGCCACAGCCACACCAUGUGUCAGAUCUCUGCUGGAAGCCGAACGCUUGAGUUUUUCCCAGAUGACGACUGCACAUCAUCCGUGCGUCGUGAGCAGAAGCGAGAGCAAUACCGUCAAGUCCGGGAGCACGUCCGGAAUGAUGAUGGCCGCCUACAGGCAUGUGGGUGGAGCCUGCCAGCCAAAUACAAACAGUUGAGCCCCAACGGUGGCCAAGAAGACAAUCGGAUGAAAAAUGUCCCUGUGCCUGUCUACUGUCGCCCCCUAGUGGAGAAGGACCCUACCAUGAAGUUGUGGUGUGCAGCUGGUGUUAAUCUGACUGGCUGGAAGCCUGGCGUGGAACCGGAUGCUGGAAAUGGUCAGAAGCCUGAUCCAGGAUGUGAUCCACUAACAUGUGAUCGGGAGAUGGAAGGAGAAAACACCAAGAGUAAUCACCCAUCUCCAGAAAAGAAAAAGGCCAAAGAACUGCAUGAGAUGGAUGCCACAUCCAGUAGAGUGUGGAUCCUCACCAGCACCUUAUCUACAAGCAAAGUUGUUAUCAUUGAUGCCAACCAACCAGGAACUGUAGUGGAUCAUUUCACAGUUUGCAAUGCUCAUGUGCUUUGCAUCUCCAGCAUUCCAGCUGCCUGUGAUAGUGACUACCCUCCUGGAGAAAUCUUUCUGGAGGGGGACUUGAAUCCUGAAGAGUCUUCGGGAACAGAUGGAGUCUUAGCAGGCAUUACUUUAGUCGGCUGCGCAACCCGUUGCAAUGUUCCCAGCAGCAAUUGCUCCUCCCGUGGAGACACCCCCGUGCUGGAUAAAGGCCAAAAUGAAGUGGCUGCAGCGAGCAGUGCCAGGAUGGAUCAGUCCCAGUCCACUGAGGAGGCCACAGAAGCGACAGAGGUGCCAGAGAACGGCGUGAGUGAAAUGGAGGCAGCCCAGGUCCGGACAGGCCCCCUUACGGAACAUGUAUUUACAGAUCCAACUCCGGCUCAGGCACCUGCAAGGCAGAACAGUGAGAAUGGACAUCCAAAAACGGAGUCGAGCACAGCAGCGCAGGACCAAGAGGCAAACGGCAAUGCAGUUGGUGCUACCACUAGUGCUGCCCCCACCAUGUGGCUUGGAGCACAGAAUGGCUGGUUGUAUGUGCACUCAGCAGUGUCAAACUGGAAAAAGUGCCUACAUUCCAUCAAGUUGAAGGAUUCAGUACUAAGCUUGGUGCAUGUGAAAGGGCGUGUUCUUGUGGCUCUGGCAGAUGGGACACUUGCCAUAUUCCAUCGGGGAGAAGAUGGUCAGUGGGAUCUGAGCAACUAUCAUCUCAUGGAUCUGGGCCACACCCAUCAUUCCAUUCGCUGCAUGGCUGUGGUAUACGACAGAGUGUGGUGUGGCUACAAGAACAAAAUUCAUGUCAUCCAGCCAAAGACAAUGCAGAUUGAGAAGUCCUUCGAUGCCCAUCCUCGCCGGGAGAGCCAGAUCCGGCAGCUGGCUUGGAUCGGAGACGGGGUUUGGGUUUCCAUCCGCCUGGACUCCACCCUGCGGCUCUAUCACGCCCACACUCAUCAACAUCUUCAGGAUGUGGAUAUCGAGCCCUAUGUCAGCAAAAUGUUAGGGACUGGAAAACUGGGUUUCUCCUUUGUGCGGAUCACGGCUUUGCUCAUCGCUGGCAAUCGCCUGUGGGUUGGCACGGGCAAUGGAGUCGUCAUUUCUAUCCCGUUGACCGAGACUGUAGUUCUUCACCGAGGUCAACUUCUUGGGCUCAGGGCCAACAAGACAUCACCAACAUCUGGAGAGGGGAACCGCCCUGGUGGAAUCAUUCAUGUGUAUGGUGGAGAUGACAGCAAUGACAAAUCUGCCAGUAGCUUCAUCCCAUAUUGUUCUAUGGCUCAAGCCCAGCUCUGCUUCCAUGGCCACCGUGAUGCGGUCAAGUUCUUCGUCUCUGUACCUGGGAAUGUUCUUGCCACCUUGAAUGGGAGUGUCCUGGACAGUCCUUCAGAGAACCCCAGCACAGAUAACAUUGAGGAGGAAGGGCAGAAGCUGAAAAAUGUCUUGGUGUUGAGCGGUGGCGAAGGGUACAUCGACUUCCGGAUUGGAGAUGGAGAAGAUGACGAGACUGAAGAAAAUGCAGGCGAUGCUGCCCAGGUGAAGCCUAUCCUCUCCAAGGCUGAACGAAGCCACAUCAUUGUCUGGCAAGUGUCCUACAUCCCUGAAUGAGCGUCUCUUCCUUUUCCUGCCAGUAUCAUUUUCUCCCUUCUACUGAAACCCACUCCCUGAAUGCCAAUAUGUACAUACAGAACUUUUGCAUAAUUCCUACCGCUGGCCAGUCCAACCCCAGAUAACUGCAACUGUUCCUGCACCAUGCAGUGAUCCCCUUCCUCUCCAGGUCUGCAGUGAUUGUCUUGAGCUGGUGGACUUUAUAAACUGGCUGGGUUACCGUUGGCUUUCCAGCAGGAGGGAAUUCUAGGAUGAAGCCUAAUGCAUCAGGAAUCAAGACACACAGGAAGAUCACACUUGGCUCCGAAAGACUGGACAGAGUUUCCAAGAUGGCCCUCUCCCUCUCUCCCUUCCUACCUGCAUGGAGAAAAGUACCUGUGAGCUGCUUACUGGCUUACUCCCUUUGCCACCACGGAAACUGUGUUGAAAGGCAUGGGCUGGUCUCCAAGCCAGUAUGAGUGAGAUGUUUCUGAAAGCAAGCAUCCUCCCUGUCCUUUCUCCUUCACAAUUACUCUGUGAGGUCUGGUCAUGGGACAGCAUUGGGGAGCCAUCUGAACUUGGGUAUCUAAAAUCUGUACCAAGAAGGUUUGCAGGUAUGUUGGGGAUGACAACGACAGGUCAGCAGUGGGCAUUGUAUCUAGAAUAUGGGCUCUGG